AUGGGUGAGGGAGGAGAGUCCGGUGAGAGCAGGGGAGAAGGUCUGAGGGCAGCACACGGUGAGAAUGAACUUUUCAAGGAGAAUAAGGGGGAGAGCGUGGGGAGGGUUGCGCCAGAUGCUAUGGAGGAUUCACGUAAGGGUAGUCAUAGUGGGAUUCAGAGGAUAUCUUUUCGCGAUAAGGUUAUUGGUUCUUCACAAGCAGCAGGACAACGCAAAGUAGAUGGGUUAGAAGGGGACGCCUUGGCAAUGGUAACGGGGAAGCAAGGUGACAUCAAGCCGCCAAUGGUAACCUUCACUGACGAAGCGAGGAUUUCUCUUUCAGAGCCUUACAACGAAGCUAUUGUGAUUAAAUUUCUAGGAAAACACUUCAGUUAUAUGGCCUUGGUUCAUAAACUGAAGGGGAUAUGGAGACUCAAGGGUGGCUACGAGGUUCUCGACGUGGGCUUUGAUUAUUUCCUAGUCAAGUUUGAUCACAACGAGGACAGGGAGAAGGUCCUGUUAGGAGGUCCAUGGUUGAUAUUAGGUCACUACAUUGCGGUUAAGCCGUGGUCGUCAGAUUUUAGACCAUGCGAAGACUCUUUUGGGGAUACGAUGAUUAUUGUUGAUGGCUAUGAAUAUGAUGUGGAGUACGAAUGUCUACAGUUGUUAUGUGAGAAGUGCAACUGUUUUGGUCAUUCCGCAGUCACAUGCAAAGGAGAGGCAGUGGAUGUUAAGUCCAGGGAUGAGACUCUCAGUGAUGGGGCGGUGAGGAAGGCAGCGGAACUGAGUGGCCAACGCCUAGAAAACCAAAUGGAGAAAGAUUUUGAAUUUGGGAACAAUCCCACUUUAUCCGCUUCAGUUACGGAUUAUGUGGAGAAAGAAGAUGUUACUUUGCAUGGCAAGGAGGCUAAAAAUGGGCAUGUGAUGGAGGAGGAAGGGUGGACUAAAGUGAUAGCUAAGGGAAAAGGAAAAUUGGGCUUUUCAAAAGUAGCCCAAAAUGGUUCAUUGAAAAAGAAGCACUUGGUUUCUACAAAGAAGGUUGGGCUAAGUUCAAGUAAAGGGCCAAUCAUCAAGAAAGGAGAGAAGGCUUUGACGGGCCACGGGGCAAGUAAUGGGUCUUCUACGUUCAGGAAGCAUCACGCUCCAAUGCUUGGCAAAGGAAAAAAUCAGAGUGCCAAUCUCAUAUCCGCUGUAUCAACCUUCACUCCUAUAAUCAAGAACGGUCAUAAGAGGCUGAGACCGGCAUCUCUCCAAAGCUCGCCGGUGCCGCUGAGCAUUGAUGGCGGAGCGGGUCAGCAGCAGCGGAUUCCACCCUCUAUGUCACCUAGUGCGAUGGGGAGUGCUCCAGAACAAAGCAAGCUUGGUUAUCGGGAUGUUGGCAUUGUAGAGGCAAGUGGUCACAGUGGAGGAAUUUGUAUUUUAUGUUCUAAUUCUUCAAUAUCGGUGAGAGUUUUAGAUGCAGUUGAUCAGUGUAUUAGCCUUGAGAUUCAGAUGGGUGCUGUUUUUAGUUUCUGUAAUGUUGUGUACACUAAUCCUCAUGUUCAUCGGCGUAUGAGGUUGUGGAGUGAUUUGAUCAGGAACGAGGUGAGAGAAGGCUCCUUUUAUAAUGCAAGAUCGGAGAAGUUUGCUGAAACCUUGGCUGAAUGUAAUUUAUUUGAUAUGGGGGCUAUUGGGAGAAAUUUCACUUGGUUUCGAAAGGUGAAAGGUGGGCUGCAGGUGGCAAAAAAAUUGGAUAGAGCGGUGAUCAAUCAGGAGUGGCGCCUCUUAUUCCCGGAGGCAUAUAAUGAGGUGUUAGCGCGUCUUCAUUCUGAUCAUUGCCCUUUGCUCAUUCGAUGCAAGAAGGAGGGGACUACUAAGAAGGGUAAUUGUCCUUUUCGAUUCCAGGCUGCUUGGUUAACCCACCCCCUUUUUCGGGAUGUUGUUCAUACAGCUUGGAGUAAAGGAGCCCCAGAUGUUAUUAAGAGUUUGCUUGAAGUCCAAAAGGAUGCGCUUAAUUUCAAUAAAGAGAUUUUUGGAAAUGUGUUCGUUAAAAAGAGGGAGCUUGAAAGACAACUAAAUGAUAUUCAAGUGUCUCUGAAAAGGCGAAAAAGGAUCAAGAUUCAUGGAUUGUUUCUUGAAGAUGGCACUUGGUCUUCUGAGGAGACGGUUUUGGAGUCUGAAACAAACUCUUUCUUUCAAAAACUUUUCUCUACAAGGGAGGCAGUUAAUAUGGAUGCCAUGGGGGAAUUUCCUUGUCCUUCUCUUAGUAGAGAGGCCUGCCAAAAACUUGUUAAACCAGUAGCUCUCGAAGAGGUGAAAAGAGCUGUGUUCGGCAUGAAUUCUUUCAAGGCUCUGGGUCCAGAUGGAUUUCAAGCUCUCUUUUAUAAAGAAUUUUGGGACUCUCUUAGCAAUGAUGUGUGGCGCUUAGUGAAGAGAGCCUUUGCAGGUGAGAACAUCAGUGCGGCUGUUUUUGACACAUUCAUUGUUCUGAUUCCCAAAGUUGAAGCUCCGUCUUACCUGAAAGACUUUCGCCCUAUUAGUUUAUGCAAUGUUAUUUACAAAAUUAUUACAAAAGUGCUUGUUAAUAGAUUUCGUCCUUUCCUUUCUGAGAUCAUUGGACCACUUCAGGGUGGUUUUAUUCCAGGGAGAGGAACAACAGAAAAUAUAAUAAUUGCGCAAGAAAUAAUGCAUUUCAUGCGGAAAACUAAGUCGAAGAAGGGUUCUAUGGCAUUUAAGAUUGAUCUUGAAAAAGCUUAUGACAGAGUAGACUGA